CAAGCUUUACAGAGACCAAGAUCACUAAUUGGGGCACCUUGGCAUCGUCUGCAAAGUUUUACUAAGAAAUUUAGCUUUGAACUGUUGAAAGUAGAACAAUGGUGAAUGCAUUGGUGCUACUAGCUGAGGGUGCGGAGGAAAUGGAAACUGUCAUAACCGUUGAUGUGUUGAGAAGAGGCGGGAUAGAAGUGACACUAGCGGGACUAGCUGGAAGCGAUGCUGUACUUUGUUCUAGAAAUGUCAAGCUUGUCCCAGACAUGAGCUUGGAAGAAGCCAAGAAGUCUGCACCCUAUGAUGUGGUUGUCUGUCCUGGAGGAGGAGGUGGGGCAACGAAACUGGCUGAAUCAGCUGAAGUUAAGAAGAUUCUUCAGGAUCAGGAAAACGCGGACAGAUACAUUGCUGCUGUCUGUGCAGGACCAACAGUUCUCUUGAAACAUGAAGUUUGUAAAGGAAAAAAACUCACUUCCCAUCCUGGAGUCAAGGACCAGUUGACAGCUUCUGGUAAAUACAUCUAUGUAGAGGAACGAGUGGUACAGGAUGGGAAGCUUAUCACCAGCAGAGGCCCCGGAACCUGUUUUGAAUUUGCACUGAAAAUUGUUGAAAACUUGAAAGGAAAGGAACAGGCAGACUCUUUGAUACCCCCCAUGUUGGUGAAGAUGUAAUUUUUCUCUGACAGCCUACAACUAUACAAAAGUUUAUAACAAAUUUAAGGGAGAUAAAUCUUGCCAAACAUGUUUUUCCAUUUAUGCCGACAGGAUCGAUGGCUGGACCAUAAUUUUAAAGGAAAAGUCAGACUCCAUCUUUGUGAUCGAAUGAUCCUUGCAGGAGUGUUUUAGCUUAAGAUGUAAAGAUUUACAUGGAUGUAUUUUAAUUUACUCUUUGAAAAGUUGUUCAAGUUGGACACUCUUUAUUUUGGUUGUAUUUGCCAUUACCUUGGUAUAUCUGUCAUACAGCAUGUAUGAAAAUUAUCAUUGUUUCCUUCUGUGGAGUUCAUGCCCCAAUAAGUUUAAGUUUGUGCUGCUGCAAACGCAAUUCUUUAAAAUCUAUACAAAGCUAACAUUUUAAUUUGUAUUAAUUAAAAAAAUAAAAAUCAGUGGGUUUGGUUUUUUGGGGCGACUUUUGGGAAUAAUGGGCCCCAUUCUCAAUUAAAACUGUUUUAUACUUAUGUCCUAUUCCCAAAAUUUGCAGUUUACUCCUGAAAGUUACCUUCCCAAUUGGUAUACAUGUGUUUUCUUCCUAAAAUGAGGCUAAAAGGUCCCAUCCCAAACUAACGAAUAAAAACACUGCAAAUACAAAUUUUAAGUUAUGUAUAAUUUGCAUUGAGACAACAAAUGUCUGUUUUGAUUGGAUUUCAGUCUACCGUAUCUUGUUAAAAACAUGUAAUACAAAGACUUGAGUGUUCUUGUACAACAAUCAAGCACCACUUUGAAACCACAUUCUGAAGAGAUCGCUCUGUAAUUAGGAUCCUGUAAAAACAGUUUCAUCAAAUAAUGUCUACCAAUUCAGCAUCUACUGUCAGAUAAUAAAAUCUUGUGUAAUCCUAUUUUUAUACAUUUAGCUCUGGCAUACUGUAGAAGCUUAUAAUAAUUUAUUCUGUAUGUUCAGAGUGGUUGUCUCCCUUCAGUUGCAUUAAUAUUUUUGUCAGGAAUGUUGAUUUUUGGAUUGUCAGGUUUAAUAACACAUUAUGUUCCAGUCAAAACUUUGUUUUGCCUGUAGACUUGGUCAAGUCUUAUAUGUAUUGAAUACAACGCUGUUCGUACCUAUGCAGGGUAAUUAAAUACCUUAAGGUCUAGUGCUAUUAACUCAUUUACCCCUAAAGACACAUUUUAACUCGGGUUUCGUUUAUCGCAGUCCAAAUGGCUGAACCAGAUUAAGAAAUAAUGUCAGACUAAGUAAUCUGAUACUGCUUUAAGACAAGCCUUGACAAAGCCUUACAAGGCCCAGGCCUGCAUAAACAUUUGCAGGUCCGCCAGGAUUUAUACAUUUAAAAACAGACAAACUGUUAGUUCCACAUUAACAGACAGGCCCUAGCUCAACCAAUUCAAAUGUUGGAAUAGUUCAUUAUGAAAUUUCAGGGGUGAAUAAGGGCUUAUCAGACAAUAAUAGCAGCUAGAUCUUAAGGUCUGAAUCUGUUUCGUAAAAUGCUCCACUCUCCUCUAACUGGUCAAACUGUUUGGAAUGUUGUAAACAAAAUCAUCACUGGCCAUAUUGUUGGGUGCUAUCAUACUACACAUAAUUUUGAUGUCGGGUAACCUUUAGGUUUUAGGUUACUUGACUUAUAAGAGUGAUGGUCUACUGUGUGUUAUGUUAUUGGUAAAAUUUUGACUACCAUAGAAUUAACUAACAUUCAGGUGCUUACUCUAAAUAACUCUUUAAGUAAUCUGUAUGGAAUAUGAUCUCUCCUUCAGCUGUGGUUGUUACACAGCAAUACAACAGAAGUUGUCUAAAAUCUCUUGCCUGUUUUGUGAUGUGACUUUUUCUGUAUAUCUUAAAUACAUUAAAUGUAUUGGAUCAUGGAAA